AUUGUAUCAUAUUUAUUAUAUUUUCCUUGUAUUUAAUUAAAUUUUAAACAACCAUGUCAUUUCUCAUUAUUUACAUAGAUUUUUUUAUAAAAUGUACUAUUAGCUGUAUUAUUAAUAAGUAACAUGUAUUUCCCUGAUAAGCUCUACAAGUGUAUUAAAACAUAUGACAACAGACUCUCGAUUGUUUUUACAAACUUUUAUUGUGGAAAUCUCCACUAUUCUGGAAGAUUUUACCAUCGCAAUGUGAAAUUUAUUAUUAAAACUGAUUUUAAGUUACACAAUUAUCACACUUUAAAUAAAACUAAUGGGAAUUCAUUUAUACAAAAUGAUUUUAAGACAUUUGGGCCACAAUUUAAAGGACUCAAACCAGAUUAUACAAGUCUUCUACUGCCAUCAACAACCUUACACUUAAAUAGGAACCUAUGUAGGUUUUUCUCAUCAAACCUAGAUAAGUUGCCUACAAGGAAAUAUGGAAUAUCUAAGAUUAUGAAACUGUUGUGGCCCACUGAUACAAGAUCAAAGGUGAGAAUUCUGUUCAGUAUGGUAUUCUUGUUAUCUGCAAAGCUGUCUCUAAUAUCAGUCCCACUGUUUCUAUCCUCCCUAAUUAACUCCAUAGUAAAAGCCCCUACCGAUUCUUUUGGAAUAAUACCUAAGCUUCAAAUGGUUGGUGUAUCUUUUCCCGAGAUGUUCAUUCCUUACGUGUAUCUAUUUGGUUUCGUAUUUUCAAAGAUUUCAUCCUCGCUGUUUAACGAGCUCAGGAACUCACUGUUUAGCACAGUAACUGAACGCUCCGCAAGAGAAAACGCCUCUAAAAUGUUCAUGAACAUACAUAACCUGGAUGUGGACUUUUUAAUCCAGUCAAAGUCUGGUGAGGUGUCAGCGGUAUUUUCUAGAGGAAUAAGAGCAAUUUCACAGAUCUUGAGAAUCACUGUUUUCCAAGUUGUUCCAGUAAUUCUUGAAUUUUCGCUAGUUACAGCAUUGCUCUGUUACAAGGUUGGGCCUAUGAUUGCAACAAUAACAUCACUAACAGUUGUAUUAUACCUUUUAUUCACUACUUUUGUUACUAAACGGAGGAUGAUAAUCAGAAAAGAGAUGGCUGAUGCAGACAGAAAAGCAUCUGGCUUAUUCCUGGACUCCAUUACCAACGCUGAAGCCGUUAGAUACUAUAACGCACAAAUUAAGGAGCUGGAACGUUACUCAAAUCAACAAAUGGACUACGAGAAGCAUUCAGUGGAUGUCCAAAAAAGCCUAGCUUUCCUAAACUUUGGGCAACAGUUUAUUUUCAACUGUGGUUUGUUCCUAUCGCUUUUUUUAACACUUGGGGAUAUUACAAAGGGACUAGCCCAGUUCGAUAACUUUAUCAUUGUUAACACUCUUCUGUUCCAAAUCGGAGUCCCUCUUAACAUGAUCGGCACAAUGUACCGGGAGGUUAAACUCAGUUUCAUUGAUUUGCAGAAGUUUCUAGACCUUGUGGGAGUGAAACCUAAGGUUUACGAACUACCUGAUGCCAAGGAUCUUGCUCUAUCUCAGGGUAAAAUAGAGUUCAAGAACGUUAACUACUUCUACCCGAGCACAGAAACCGACCCUCACAUAAUUCUUGACGACUUUUCAUUAACAAUCCCCCCAGGUAAAACUGUAGCAAUUGUCGGAGAUUCAGGCUCCGGUAAGAGCACAAUUUUUAAAUUGUUGUUCCGGUUCUAUGACCCUAAUUCUGGUUCAAUUCUGAUAGACGACCAGGAUAUAAAGAAUGUAACCCUGAAGUCGUUGAGAAACACUUUGGGAAUCGUACCUCAGGACGUGGUUCUGUUUAAUGAAUCAAUUGCCUUUAACAUUUCAUACGGAAAACCUGACGCCUCACUAGAUGAUGUUAUGAGAGCUGCCAAACUGGCUGGUAUCCAUGAUACCAUCAUGAGUUUCCCUGAUGGAUACGAUACGAUCGUUGGUGAAAGAGGAAUGAUGUUAAGCGGAGGUGAGAAGCAGAGAAUUGGAAUCGCUCGUUGUUUUUUAAAAGAUCCUCAAAUACUACUUUUCGAUGAAGCCACAAGUUCACUAGACUUUAAGGCUGAGUCACAAAUCAUAAAGACAUUUAAAGAAAUGGGCUCUAAUAAAACCACAGUUAUGAUCGCACACAGAUUGUCUUCAAUGUUAAUCGCUGAUGAAAUCGUUGUUUUCCACAAGGGGAAAAUUGUUGAAAUGGGAACGCCUGUUGAGCUUUGGAACAAGACUGGAUAUUUCAGACAAAUUGUAAAUUCAUUUAAUUUAAAGUCCAAAACUGAUGAUACAACACGAUAAUUUAUUAAAUAAAUUUA